CUGUCAUAUCGUGAUAGCAGCAUUUAAGGAGUUUGUCGAGUUUGAGCUAAAACUUAAAAGUAAAAACUAAUAGUGCCGAAAAGUUAAAAUAAAAAUAUAAUAAAAGAAUUUAUAAGUUAUUAAAUUAAUAAAUUAUUUCUACAGUAUUCAACUGUUUUGAGCUGUAUGAAUUUCUUAUUAUGAUUGAUUUGCAUUUUGCCUAAACAAACGAUUGUAUCACAAAGUAUGCACAUAAGUUACAUUUAUAAUAUCUUCACAAUCAAGCAUUGAACAACGGAUAAAUCAUGUUUUUGAUAGAUUAUAUGUAAUUUACGGUUUGCACUAUAAAAACAUACACCUAAUACUUCUGAGAAAACAUUUAAUUCAACUGUCAGUGCUGUAUUUAAAAUUGCUAUGGCUGCUGAAAGGGAACGUCGUUCAAAUGCCGGCAAUAAACUAGCACGUUUAUUGGAUGAAGAAGAAGCAGAUGAUGACUUUUAUAAGACUACAUAUGGUGGUUUUAAUGAAGAUGAAGAAGACAAUGAUUUUCAUUUUGUCGAUGAAGAAGCACCAGAUGAAGUUGAUUCAGAUUUUAGUAUUGAUGAAAAUGAUGAAGUGAUAUCAGACGUAGAAGAUGAAGAAUUAACUCAAAAAAAAACAAAUAGAUAUCAAGAGCCAAAGGCGCCAAAACCUGUUGAACAAAGAGAAGCUCCUAAAAGAAAACGUUCUAUCACGGAAAAGGUGGUGGCUGAGACUUCAUAUGAACGGAAGUCAAUACGACAAUCAACAGCAGUUAAAUCUCAAGAGACAAUUGAGCGUAUUAAAGAACGUGUUAGUAAAAUCAAACGAAAUAAACCACUGCCUCCAGAGGAAAUGCCUUCACAGCAACAAUUGUUGGAAGAAGCAAAACUUACUGAAGAAGAGAAUUUAAAAUCAUUAGAAAAAUUUGAAAAAUUAGAAUUGGCUAGAAAACAGACAAGAGCUAAACCUCGUGUCACAUACUUAACUUCUGUAAAAUUCCUUAGUAAAGCAUAUCCAUUGUUAGCUGAAGAUGAUACUGUAAAUAUCGAAGGUGAAGAACAUGACGUGAAACGUGAACGCAGUGAGUAUUGUGAGCGAACUACCAUCACAGUGAAUGAACCUCAUGAGUUUGAACGAAUGUUCCCCAAGAAAGUAGCCAAACCAAUCAAACCACACAGACAGUGUGUAUUUACUGAAGAUUAUGCCAGAUACAGAGAUCCUUUAACUGGCCACCCUUAUAAAAAUCAAAAAAUAUUUUCAAUAUUAAGAUCUGUAUACUCAAUGCAUUUAGAUGAAGCAUUUGCUAAUAAAUAAAAUAAAAUAAAUUUACUUUUAGAAUUGAUCUUAAAAUUGUAUUUAAUAAUAAGGUAUUAAUUAAUUAUUUUUAUACUUAAAAGAUAACUUAUUGAUCAUUGGACAUUCAAAUUUUUUUUGAUUGUAAUAUAUUUAUAAAUUAUAAUUUGACUUUUUUAAAUUCAAAUUGUAUUUAAAAAUUGGUAAUUUGUAAUAAAUAAAAAGUUAAUAAACAUUUUAUAA